AUGGCACCUCAGUCGUGCGUGAUGAAUCCUGCGCAGGGAUCACCGCCCUCGACUGCCCCGGGCGAGACCUCACCAGAGGACCGAGCCGCCGGUGGCACGGGACCGGACGAGCUGGACCUGUCACCCGUCAGAAGAUGUAAAAGCGGAAGUCUAGAUCUGCCUUUCAGUGUGGAAUCCCUCAUUUCAGACAGGACGCCCGGCAGGAGCCUCCGCUCCCCCGAGCCUGGUUCAGGCUGCGCCUGGGCGGAGGAGACUGAGUGUGCCUCACCGAGGGGACCCUACCGGUCCAAACCAGAGGUGGUGGACCCCAGUGACAAGGAAACGAGCCCCUGGUUUCAGGCUCCUUACUCAUCCCCUCCAAGACUUCCCAGCCCGAAUCCCUGCAAUCUACGGAAACACAAGAACAACCGGAAACCCAGAACUCCCUUUACAACCUCUCAGCUGCUUUCUCUGGAGAGGAAGUUCCGUCAGAAACAGUACCUCUCCAUCGCGGAGAGAGCGGAGUUCUCCAGCUCCCUCAGCCUCACAGAGACCCAGGUCAAGAUCUGGUUUCAGAACCGCAGGGCCAAGGCCAAGAGACUGCAGGAGGCCGAGCUGGAGAAGCUCAAGCUGGCCGCGAAGCCGCUGCUGCCGGCCUUCGCGUUUCCCUUCCCCCUCAGCGCACCCAUGGGCGCGCCGUCCCUCUACGCGGCGCUGAACGGACCGCGGCCUGCCUUACCUGUCCCAGGACUAUUCAGUGGACCAUAUGGGAUGUACUACUUGUCUUAACCCUCAUUAACCCCGAACUGCAUCGUUGGGAAAAGCUGCCUUUAAAAAGAAAAAAAAAAAAAA